GUGUUUAGGGUGUGAGGAGAGUUAGCCGCUAGCACGGAAAGCUAACAGCCGGAGUGUGUAAUGGCGGCCUCGGUGUUGUUGGGGUCUACGGACCACACCGGACUCAGCUUCACGGUGGGAGGCGGCGCCAGGAAUGUUUUAGCUGGGAAUAAUAACGGCCUGGGGCCGGUGGGGCCGGCGCCCUGGAACCGAUCUCUAGACCGGGCACUGGACGAAGCCUCAGCCACCGGGUGUCUGAACCUCAGCGGCAGGAAGCUGAAGGAGUUCCCCCGGAGCGCCGCUAACCACGACCUGACGGACACCACCAGGGCCGAUCUGUCUCGUAACCGUCUGUCGGAGCUUCCUCUGGACGUUUGUCUCUUUGUGUCUCUGGAGAGUUUGAACCUUUAUCAGAACUGUCUGAGGUCUCUGCCCGACAGUCUGCUCAACCUGCAGGCCCUGACCUUCCUGAACCUCAGUCGGAACCAGCUGUCUGUCCUCCCUGUGGUCAUCUGCAGUCUUCCUCUGAAGGUUUUGAUCGCCUGCAACAACAAACUGGUUUCUCUGCCAGAAGAAGUUGGACAACUGAGACAUCUCACUGAACUGGAUGUGAGCUGUAAUGAGAUCCAGACGUUACCAUCUCAGGUGGGUCAGCUGGAGGCGCUACGAGACCUGAACAUCAGGAGGAACCACCUGGUCAGACUGCCGCCAGAGUUGGCGGAGCUCCCUCUGGUGCGUUUGGAUUUCUCUUGUAACAAAGUGACGUCUAUCCCCGUCUGCUACCGACGCCUCACACAGCUGCAGACCAUCGUGCUGGACAACAACCCCCUGCAGACGCCUCCUGCUCAGAUCUGUAUUAAAGGGAAGGUGCACAUAUUUAAGUACCUGAACCUGGAGGCCAGUAAGACGACCCCUGACCUCCCAGACUACGACAGACGACCUCUGACAUUCAGCUCCUGCGUGGAUGAGCUGUACCCGGGACGUCCAUACGGAGCGCUCGACUCAGGAUUCAACAGCGUCGACAGUGGAGACAAACGGUGGUCAGGGAACGAGCCCACAGAGGAACUGUCAGAGUUUCCACAGAGAGUGGCCGAGAUCAGCAGAGACCCGCGAGCGAGAGGAGGAGCACUGCUGCCGAACGGAACAUAUGCGGAGCUGGAGCAGAUCGACUUCAUCGACAGCUGUGUGGGGGAGGAGGAGGAGGAGGACGGGCGGAGUCCAGGUGGCGGGGACACCUCCAGUCUGAGCUCUCAAUUCAUGGCGUACAUCGAGAGACGCAUCACCAGAGAGGGUUCUCCAGUCAAAACCAACACGUCCAGGACGGAGGAAACAAGAAGACACAACAGGAGUGUGGUCGAUGGUGUCACAGCGCCCUCUACCUCUCAGACUCAGAGAGGAGGGAUGGAGCGGACACGAAGGGAAGCUCAGCUCGCCGCUCUGAGGUACGACGAGGAGAGACAGAAGACCCGUUCUGUCCCAAGUCACACCAAGACCGUCUACCCCUCCAGACGCUGCACCCACACAGAUGACUCCGCCCUCUUCAUGGGUGAAGACAGAGCAGCUCUUUCUUCUAAAGCCAAUCAAUCACCUUCUUACCCCAGCUCAGGGGGCGGGACUUCCUGUCGGACAGCCAGUCUGAGGCCAGAGAGCUUCCUGUUUCGCCUCGGUCAGAAAGAAGAGAGGAGGAAAGGGGAUGCUGCGUCUGCUGCUGAUGCUGCUCCUCACAACCAGGAGGAGGCUCCUGCUGCUCCUGCUGCUCCUCCUCUAGUUGGAGAAGAAGCUGAGCUGGUGGAUCAGCUCAGAAAGAACAUCGAGGCUCGUCUCAAAGUGUCGUUGCCAAGCGACCUGGGUGCAGCUCUGACUGAUGGCGUGGUGCUGUGUCACCUGGCCAAUCAUGUGAGGCCACGGUCUGUCCCCAGCAUCCACGUCCCCUCCCCCGCUGUGCCUAAACUCACCAUGGCCAAAUGUCGACGGAACGUAGAAAACUUCCUGGAGGCGUGUCGCAGGAUCGGAGUCCCACAGAGUCAGUUAUGUCUUCCUCUUCACAUUCUGGAAGAUCAAGGGCUCCCCCAAGUGGCCGGGACGGUCGGUGCCCUCCUCGACCUGGCCCCUCCCCGACACCCCGUCACCAUGACACCCACCACACCAUCAUGAGCCGCAGCAGGACCAUGUGACCCCACAUCAACGCUAACACCACCCUCCUCCUCCUCCUCCUCAUUAUCAUUAGCACCGUCCGCCUCAGGAGAACGUGAACAUGAGUUUUAGAUGGAAGCAGUUGAUCUGAUGGAGACGUGAGACGAGCUGAACGAUCAGACGUCUCCGAUCACGGGACAGGGGGACGGAAGUCUUCGUCCCCACAGAGAACAAAUUACCAAGAAAAGUGAGAACUUUAAUGACAUGGCAGCUGCUCGCCACGGGAACACGUUUCAAACAUGUGACGUUCCAUGAGCAGCAGAAAUCCUGUUUAUUAAACAUUCUCACUUUUCUGCAUCUUUCUUUUUUUGACAAAAACAUUUAAACUUUAAAGAAAAUUAUUUUAUUUUUCUUCAGAGAAGAGUGAAAUGAUUUGUUCAAGCUAACUGAUGAAUUAAUUUUUUCAUACCUUUUCUUGAAGUUAUGAUUGUCUGAGCUGUCGGUCACUUUAAACACUGUUACACACCUUAGUUGAGGUGGACAUCCUUUUAUAAUUGUCUCUGAAAUUAUUGACCAUUUAAUCUUAUUUAACUUAUAUAUUUAUGGUUAACGUGUAAAAGUGAGAAAUCAUGUUUAUACAAAACAAAUCAAUGUUAAAACCUAAAGUUAAAUGGAAAACACAACUACACUAACUGUAAGUGACUUUGCACAUUAAGCUAAUGUGGCUAAUUGCUAACGAUAGCUCACCUUGAUGCACAGUUUGAGGAACUGAAGCUAACGCAGCCAGAUAACAUUUUAACUUUGACUUAGUUUUAGCUGACAAGCAUCAGCAUUCACUAAAGCUCAUUGCUCACAUCAGCUAUCAACGAUAAAGAUAGUUUAGCAACUAACAUUGCUAACUAACAAUAGUCAACAUAAAAUAGUAGUCAUGUCAAAAACGCUAACCUUAGCUAUCCUUGUCCAGUUGGUUCAGAGGCUGAGGGAAACAUUUAGCUUUAGCCAUAGCUAACAGUACUUGGUUUAAAGUUGAAGAUAAUGCACUAAAUGGCUGAUAAUGUUUUAUUUUGAAAAAGCCGCUAUCAGAUAUCUAGCAAAUACAUAGAUUGAUGGUAAUGUUAGUUCCUAGUGAUAAAGUUGGUUAAGAGAUGUUAGCAUAAUUUCUCAAAUAUAAAUUUAGUGAACAGAAGUUGUUUGAAAACGCUACUUAUACGAAACGUCAAAGAUGGCUCUAGAGUUAGCCAUUAGCUAAACUUGAUCACCUCCUCAGUGGUAGGAGACUAAAGUAGCUCAGGAAUCGUUCAGCUCUGUCUUCUGUCUCCAUCGGAUCCAGAACUUGAUCUGGUUCUGGAUCUCCUUCUGCCCUCAGCUCUGACUCACAGGCUCAUUUUUAUUUCACUGUUUAUGUUUGACUCGUCUCGGCUGUGACGGAUGUUUUCAGGUUGAACAGAUGUUGGAGACGCUGUCACUUCCGGUUCCGCUCGGCCACGUGAACAGGAACAAGAGAACAUUGACUGGAUUAGUUUUCAUUAAAUUCAAACUUAAAUGUAAAUAUAUUAGAUCAAUUUUAAGUUUAAAUGUCGAUACUGAUGUAUAUGGACAAAAAUCUGUAGACGGCCCCGUCCAUCACACAUUUAAAUCAUUCUUACUUUCCAAACAUGUUCAUGAAUAAAAACUACUUUUAUAAAUAAUAGUCCAAACUGCAGCACAACAAAUGAACAUGUGUAUAAAUACAUGCACUUGUUUCUUUGUACACUUUGCAUAUUAACAAUAUUCUAGACCAACACAAGCAGAUCUGAUGCUGUGGAGAGAAUGACUUCGAGAAUCGUUCUCAAAUUUAACCCUAACCCUAAGAAUUGUAAAAACUUUUGUAAAGCAAUUUUCAAAAACUUGAAUUCCAAACUUCCCUGAACUGUUUAUCAGGGGCCAGAUGUGAUUGGACAAGGUCAGUCAGGUGGUUAUGGCGUCUCCUCAUCUUGUUAGUGUUGCAUGCUGGGACAUUUUUCAUGGUGAACAGGUGAAGGACACUCAAACUGAGUCACAAUUGAACUAUCAAAUGUAUGUGUUCAGAUAUAUUCUUUAAAUAUAGAUAUCUAGAUAUAUCUAGAUGUAUAUAUUCUCACACACACACACCAUAUCCCAGAGUGCACCUGUAUGUCAUAGAAGCCAGGUGAGAUGUUAAAGAACUAAAAGCAUCAGCUGAUCACGUGUUCCUUGUUCUGACACCAAUAUGUGCUCGUCCAACACUGUGACCUCAGAGGGCGGAGCUUCAGGGAGUCUGACGUCAGGUGUUGUGACUGCCGGGAGUGCUGUCCAAUCCCGUGUCUCCGUGGUGGGCCCACAGGUGGGCUCGUGUUUGUACAGUUUCAGGUUUUUUCCUUCUGGUGUUUCUCCUGCGGCGGAGCGAGUCACGUGACGGCAGUAACUGGACACGUGAUGGUGGCGGCACGUGGUGGGCUCGGACGCUUUUAAAGGACAUUCCACCGUUUUUCAGAGGACGACAAAGACACUUUGAUUUUCACAGGUUUUAUUUUGGUUUGAGUUUUCUCACUUUGUAUAAAGAUUUAAACUGGAUUGACUUCAAUUCAUGAAAUAAAUAUUUUAAUUUGA